GGCGGCUGUACAUAACACAAGUCCUGUCAGCCUACGCUCACUCUGCCACAGAUCCGCCCAACCACCCGUUCGCACACUGAUCCAUCACCAUGGCACCUCAUGCCAACGACUCCGAAGGCUAUGCCACUGGCCUAACCGCUGCCGAGAUUGGUGUUGCGGUUCCACCUUCGGCAGAGUUCACAGUUGACGCUUCAAACGUCAGCUACAGUGAUGUGGACAUUCAGAGCAAGUACCGCUACCACACCACCCAGGUCAAGCGUGUCGACGGCAAAUUCGUGGCAAAGCCGCGCGAGUCCGUCUAUGACUUCAAGACACAACGCCACGUUGGCAAGGUCGGUGUCAUGCUUGUCGGACUCGGCGGCAACAACGGCACCACUGUUACUGCUGGCAUCAUUGCCAACCGCCGCAAGCUCAUUUGGGAGACCCGUGAAGGUCCACGUGCAGCCAACUAUUACGGCUCUGUGGUCAUGUCCUCUACCACCAAGCUCGGCAUUGACGAAGAGACUGGUGGCGAUGUCAACAUCCCACUGCAGAAGAUGCUCCCAAUGGUCCACCCAGACGACCUCGUCAUCGGCGGCUGGGACAUUAGUGGCAUGGACCUUGCCGCAGCUAUGGACCGUGCCCAAGUCCUGGAGCCAACUCUCAAGCAACUCGUCAAGAAAGAAAUGUCAAACAUGAAGCCUCUGCCCAGUAUCUACUACCCAGACUUCAUCGCCGCCAACCAAGAAGACCGAGCCGACAACAUCAUCCCGGGAGACAAAGCCUGUAACGAACACGUCGAGCACAUCCGCAAAGACAUCCGUGACUUCAAGUCCACCAACAACCUCGACAAAGCCAUUGUCCUUUGGACCGCAAACACGGAGCGCUACGCCGACAUCAUCCCCGGCGUAAACGACACCUCCAAGAACCUUCUUGACUCCAUCGCAUCUGGCCACUCUGAGAUCUCUCCAUCAACAGUCUUCGCAGUGGCCUGCAUCCUCGAAAACGCCCCCUUCAUCAACGGCUCACCCCAAAACACUUUCGUCCCAGGCUGCAUAGCCCUAGCCUCCGAGCACAACGCCUUCAUCGGCGGCGACGACUUCAAAUCCGGACAGACGAAAAUGAAAUCCGCCCUCGUCGACUUCCUCAUCAAUGCCGGUAUCAAGCUCACAUCCAUAGCUUCCUACAACCACCUCGGCAACAACGACGGCAAAAACCUCUCCUCCCAAAAACAGUUCCGAUCAAAAGAGAUCUCGAAAUCCAACGUCGUCGACGACAUGGUCGCCGCCAACAAUGUUCUCUACGCCAAAGACGAACAUCCAGACCACACCGUCGUCAUCAAAUACAUGCCUGCCGUCGGCGACAACAAACGCGCCUUGGAUGAAUACUACGCCGAGAUUUUCCUCGGUGGACACCAAACCAUCAGCAUCUUCAACGUUUGCGAAGACUCGCUUUUGGCUUCACCUCUCAUCAUCGAUUUGGUUCUGAUCACGGACUUGAUGACCAGGAUCCAAUGGCGACAUGAGGGCGAGACUGAUUACAAGAAUUUUCACUCGGUCUUGAGUGUUUUGAGUUAUAUGUUGAAAGCUCCGAUGACUCCGGCGGGAACCCCGGUUGUGAAUGCUUUGGGGAAACAGAGGAGUGCGCUGAUUAAUAUUUUGAGGGCUUGUGUUGGACUUGAGCCGGAGAAUGAUAUGACUUUGGAACAUAAGUUGUUCUAGAUUGAUGGUGUGAAUGGGAUGGUGGUGAAGAUGGGUUCGAAAUUAUAGAGGAAAGAUUGUGAAGGGAAGUUUGUUCGGGUUUAAUGUUGAGUCUCAUUUCGCAUGGUCUAGUUAAUAGAAGGUAGUAGCAUAGUGGUGUCUCAUGAGAUGUCAACGUUCAUUUGAUUUUCG